AUGGCAAAAGGUUAUUCAAGACUGCUUUUCUUCUUCUCUUCUAUUUUCACACAUCUUCUUGUUCUCUCCCUGGCCCAGCCGAACUUCGUAAUCCAAAGCUGUUCAAAUGACAAUGGUAACUACACAAAUAACAGCGCCUACCAAACAAAUCUCAAUAGCCUCUUGUCCUCCAUCUCCUCCAAUAACGAAAUAGACUAUGGAUUCUACAAUGAAUCUUCCGGCCAAGAACCCGACAAAGUGAAUGCAAUUGCUCUUUGUAGAGGAGAUGUUUCACUUGACGUCUGUCGAGGUUGUGUCAAAAACGCCACCCAAAAGAUCUUGCAGGUCUGCCCCAACCAAAAGGAAGCCAUUGGAUGGUACGAUGAAUGCAUGCUCCGAUACUCCAACAACUCAAUUUUUGGAGAGAUGGAAAUUCAACCAUCGUUGGAAUUGGUUAGUACACAAAACGUCUCGAGCGAUGUGAAUGCGUUCAAUACGGGGCUGCAAGAUUUAUUGAGGAACUUACGGAGUACAGCUGCCUCGGGGAGUUCACAUCUCAAGUUUCAAAAGGGAGAUACAACUGCAAGUUUUCAGCCCAUUUAUGCACUCGUGCAGUGUACUCCGGACUUGUCUGGGGUGAUAUGCUCUGAUUGUCUUGAUCAGGCUAUUGCAGAAAUACCAUCUUGUUGCAGUGGGAAGAUAGGAGGCAGAGUUCUUACACCCAGUUGCAACUUCAGGUUUGAGCCUUACCGUUUCUUUGACCCAACGGCAAACUCGCUGCCGCCGCCGCCUACAGAAGACGGAAAUAACACAGCUAGAACUGUCAUCAUAAUUAUUGUUCCACUAGUUGUUGUUGUGAUACUUAUCAUCUGCAUCUUCAUCUUUCUCAGGAUGAGAAAGCCAAAGGAAAAAGUUGAUACUGUGGAUGAUAUUAGUAGAGCUGAAUCCUUACAAUUCGACUUCAACACUGUUAGAGUUGCAACCAAUAAUUUUUCUGAUUCAAAUAAGCUUGGACAAGGAGGAUUUGGUGAUGUUUACAAGGGUAGGCUUUUCAAUGAACAAGAAAUAGCUGUAAAAAGGCUAUCUAAGGGUUCUGCACAAGGGGAUCUAGAAUUCAAGAAUGAGGUACUUUUAGUGGCCAAGCUUCAACACAGAAAUUUAGUCAGGCUGCUUGGUUAAUCGGCAGCAAAUGAAAGACUCCUCAUCUACCAGUUUGUGCUUAAUACAAGCCUGGAUCACUUCAUUUUUGAUCCCAAGAAGCGUGCACAACUAGAUUGGGAAACGUGCUACAAAAUUAUAGGAGGCGUUGCUUGAGGACUUCUAUACCUUCAUGAAGACUCUCGCCUUCGUAUUAUUCACCGUGAUCUCAAGGCUAGUAAUGUUCUCUUAGAUGCAGACAUGAACCCUAAAAUCGCAGAUUUUGGUAUGGCUAGGUUGUUUGAGCGAGACGAAACUCAAGGCAAUACAACUAGAAUUGUUGGAACUUAUGGUUACAUGGCUCCAGAAUAUGCAAUGCAUGGACAAUUCUCAGUUAAGUCAGAUGUUUUUAGUUUUGGAGUAUUACUUCUGGAGAUUGUAAGUGGUCAGAGAAAUAACUGCUUCCGCAACGGAGAGAAUGUAGAAGACCUUCUAAGCUUUGCAUGGAAAAAUUGGAGGGAAGGGACAACUACAAAUCUCAUUGAUCCCACUUUGAGCGUUGGUUCAAAAAAUGAAAUGAUAAGAUGCAUUCACAUUGGAUUACUAUGUGUACAAGAAAAUGUAGUGGACAGGCCAACAAUGGCUUCAGUUGUUGUCAUGCUCAAUAGCAACUCCCUCUCCCUUCAACUACCUUCAGAACCAGCGUUUUUUGUGCACAACACUAUGUCUGACAUAUCAUCCUCGGCAAGCUAUUCAAGAGUCACAAAGUUCGAACAGUUGAAUAGCGAAACUGUCCCAUUGUCAACAGAUGAGUGCAACCCACCUCCGUUCAAUCCGAAUAUACAAACAAUCAUGUUUCCACAGCAAUGGGGCGGUGUCUUUCUCUUACUUUUGAGCAUAAUAUUUGGGCUUAUUGGCUCCAUCAAUUGCCAGCAGCCAACGUACAAUUCGCAUUUCUGUUUAGAUAGAAACAAUACUAAAGCCACAAGGAAUUAUACAUCAAACCUUUCAACCCUCCUGGAUUCUUUAUCAUCUAAAGCUUCUCUUGACAGCUUCUACAAGGAUUCAUUCAAUGGAAUCUACGGACUCUUUCUCUGCAGGGGAGAUGUUUCUACUGACUCAUGCAAAAGUUGUGUCACAUUUGCCAGUCAAAAUAUCACAGAACGUUGUCCAUCUAAUAGAAGUGCAAUUAUAUGGUACGAUCAAUGCAUGCUGCACUAUUCUAACAAAAGUUUCUUUGGAGUUACACAAUCAUCUCCAGCUUUGUUGAUGUGGAAUACUGACAAUAAUAAUAGUACUUCACCGGGUGAACCGAACUACGGAGCAGUGGGUCAGAUAUACACUCUUAUAGAAUCUGCUUCAAAUACAGAGAAGAUGUUUGGAACAGAUGAUAGAGUUGUACCUAGUGGGACUCAGCGUGGAUAUGCACUGGUUCAGUGUACCAGAGAUAUAAAUAUGAGUGCAUGUCAAUAUUGUUUGGGGCAGUUGACAGAUGACGUCCAGAAGUGUUGCCAAGAUAGGAAAGGGUGGCGUAUCUUGAACCCAAGUUGUAGUCUAAGGUACGAGGAAUACCAAUUCUAUCAGCAACUAUCGGCUACACCUACUCCUGUUCCGGCAGCGCCACAACCAGCAGUACCUAACGAUGACGGAAGAAAAAACACAGCCAAGAUUGUAAUCAUCAUUGUAUCAACAUUAACCACUGUUGCUGUAGCUCUGUUAGGUUUCUGGUAUUAUUCAUCUGCCUGCAGAAAGAAAAGACUAACAGGUGGAACUAUUCAUGCAACAGAAGAACAUCACAGUGGAGAGAUGAAUAGCUUCAGUUUAACUACCAUACAAGCAGCUACAAACAAUUUCUCUACUGCAAAUAAGCUUGGUGAAGGAGGUUUCGGCCCUGUUUAUAAGGGUAAGCUGCUUAAUGGAAAGGAAAUAGCGGUGAAAAGACUGUCAAUGAGAUCAAGGCAAGGCCUUGAAGAGUUCAGAAAUGAAGUGAUUCUAAUUAUCAAGCUUCAACACAAGAAUCUUGUGAGGCUCUUGGGAUACUGCUUGGAGGGAGAUGAAAAGCUUCUUGUCUACGAGUACAUGGCGAACACUAGCCUCGAUGCCUUCUUGUUUGAUCCAGUGAAAAGUAAGGAACUAACUUGGGAAAAGCGUGCAAACAUAAUUACUGGAACUGCGAGAGGCCUCUUAUAUCUACAUGAGGAUUCUCGCCUCAAAAUUAUUCAUAGAGAUAUGAAAGCAAGCAAUGUGUUAUUGGAUGACAAGAUGAACCCCAAGAUAUCAGACUUUGGCACUGCAAGGAUAUUUGGAAGCAAUCAAAUUGAAGCCAACACUGAGAAAGUUGUUGGCACAUAUGGCUACAUGGCACCAGAGUAUGCACUAGAGGGACUAUUCUCAAUCAAGUCAGAUGUUUACAGUUUUGGGAUCCUAAUGUUAGAAAUCAUAAGUGGAAAAAAGAACAGAGGCAAUUACCACUCUGACUGUGGUCAAAAUAUUCUAACACAUGGGUGGCGGCUUUGGAAUGAAGGCAAAGGAAUAGAGUUGAUAGAUAAAAACAUAGUUGAUACUUGUCCUAUAAAUGAGGCUUUGAGAUGGAUCCAUAUAGCCCUGUUAUGCGUUGAGGAUGACCCUGCAAAUAGGCCAACCAUGUCUCAAGUUGUUCUCAUGCUAGGGAGCAAAGCAAUAAAUCUUCCCCAGCCAUUAACACCUCCAUAUUCUGUUGGUAGAUUUACCACCAUGUCUGAUCACUCCUCAACAUCUGGGUCACGGACAGGGUUUCUCUCAUCAGAUCAAACUUCCACUAGUAUUUCAAGUUAGUAAAACACUAAUUACAGCUCUCUCUUUUUUUCUGCUUAACAAACAGAGGAACUUUUCGUUUUAGAAAUGUUAUGAACGUUUUUCUUGGAAGAAUCUUUUUAUUAUCUUCAAUACUAUUAUUGUGACAAGUAGAGAAUACUGAAUUACUGAUUGUGAAGCAUAGUGAAAACAUCUUGUACCAUUAUCAAUUUGAAUUUAGU